GGUAUCUGUAAAUAGUCUAAAAUGGUGGAAAAAGUGCUGAGACAUUAGAAACAUGUAACGAUAAAGCGAAAAAACUGACUUAUUUCACGCCAUUUUUAUAGCCAAUGGAUAUUUAUGUUAAACUGGAUCUUUUCUGGCUUUGAAUUUACUAACUUUUGUUUGAAAUAUUGUUAAACGCUAUAUAAACUGUGAAAAAAUGUAGACGAUGCUUGCAAUCUGGGACAGUGUUUCACAUUUGUGGAACGAUAUGUCACAAAUGUUCUUAUACAUAUUUCAACAUUAAUGGACAUAUGUCACAAAAUCUGGGGUUGAAAAUGGCAAUGAGACCUAGCCCAGCAGAUCAUUUAAUGAGACAAAGGGAAAAGGCUCAGCAGGAAAGAGCUAAACUGAUAAAAAAGAAUCAAGAAAAACAGAAUCAGCCAAGAAAUGUGGGAUUUCCUCAGCUUAGAAGAACAACAGAGAAAGAUGACAGAAUAGAACAAUUGUUAGGGCCUCAUUCGGCUAUUGUUAAUUCACUAUCUAGGGAUACUGAUUUAUUAGGAGUAAUAAGUCAACCUCAGACUCCUCUUCCUAGUAGGUCAUAUGGCGAGGAUGACUUUUUUUACAACAAACCUGCAAAUGAUGGUAGAAAUGGUAUUCGACCACAUCCCAUACAAAAUUUAAAAAAGAAACCCCCCUCAAAACCCCAAGAACCAUCAAAGAAUAGCCAAAAUUUAAAACAACCAUUACCUGUUCAAAAUGCUGAUCACUCAACUUCCAAGUCUUUGUCUCAUCAAGACCCUACCCAAAAUCAACAGCCAAAAAGUGAAAAUAUGCAGAUCAAAAAAGAAAUACCUGUUCUUCCUAAAACUAAGAAAGUGACAAAAUCUAAAUCUAGUCAACCGAAAUCUCCUCACAGUUCAUCAUCUGACCACGAAGCUACAUCAAACAAGUCAACACCAAGUCCCAAACCAUCAAAUGAAAAGCCUAAACCUCUGGGCAACAGUAUGAAACAGUUUACACCACCUAAUGGAGUUAACAGACCACCGAGGAAGAAUCUUGAGAAACUGACCAUUCCUAGUGGACAGAAUGAAGUUCAUAAAGAAACACAAAGUGUUGAUGAUAUUUUUAAGGAAAUGACUCAUUUAGAGCUACCAUUGACUGCCAUAUCUACUCCUCAGAAAGACGAACACUUCCCUUUCCCAAAUUCUGUUAUUGGAAGAAGUUUCUCUGAGUUAAAAAAUCUCCAAUCCAAGCUAAGCAAAUGCCCUAUAAUAACAAACGACUUGAAGAAAGAUGACUUAGAGUUAGAUAUACCUUUAGUUGCUCCUAUAGAGCCUUUAAUCACACCACCAGAAACACCCAUCAAACCACCACUAGCUGCUAAACACCAAAAAAAUGAUGAUAUUAUAUUAAGAGAUCUGACUGUCAGUGAUGACAGUGAAGAUGAGGCGGAGAAAGAACCCAUUGAACCUGUUGAACCAGUCAAGAUUUCUGAAUGUCCACCCCGGAAGGACACACGGGAUAACAAAGCCCCUGUAAAGGAGCCUAGGUCACCGAUGUCCUCUGAUAGUUCUAGCAGUGAAUCGGGGAAUGAUUCAGAUAGCAGUUCUGAUGACAGUAAUUCAUCUUCGAAUUCAGAUGAUGAUGAGGAAGAGGAAAAGGUUCAAGUGAGGGUGGACAGGGUCAAAUCUCCAUCAAAAUCUCCUGCACAUGACAAGUCUUCAAACUCUACAUCAUGGAAGUUAGAGAACUUUCUCCCUGGUGACAAAUGUCCAAAGCCAUCUCCCAUUGUAUCUGACCAUAGCGAUGACAAUAAAGAACUGCUUGAUAAAAUCUGCCUAGAAUUCAUCCACAAAAGUCCAACAAACAGUAUUGAAAAAUCACCAAACCAGCAGCUUCAUUCUGACACUAGUAGUAGUAGUAGUGGCAGCAGUCCACAAUCUAUUCACUCACCGGCAGAGUCCUCACCAUCAAAAUCACCAUUGGUGAAUGGGAUAGCGCCUACCAAAAAGAUAAGUUUACAUAGUGACAAUAGUGAUAGUGAAAUUGAUGUUGUGAAUACACCGCAGAAAAAAGUGUCUUUAAUGCCACAAAGUGACAGUGGUGUUGCUAAGUGCUUAAAUUUUGCUGAUCCCAACAAACAGACAUCAGGGAGAUUAUCUUCACCACACAAACCAACAUUAGGGAGAUUAAUGUCACCCAAAAAACCAACAUUAGGGAGACAAUCGUCCCCCAACAAACCAAUAUCAGGGAGAUUAUCAUCCAAGAGAUUGAGUUCAGGGUCUGGAAGUAUUAUUGGACCUGUGAGUAGUGAUGACGAGGAUGAGAAUGAUGGACCUCGUAAUAAUAAUAAUAUGGAAUUAAAUUUACAAGACAUCAUCGAUUCUGUCGGUACCAAACAUACUCCCUUAUCACCAAUACAUCAGGAACCUGAGAAAGUUCCCCCCAAAUCUCCAUGUUUAAAGACAACAGUGAAUAAAGACGCUUUGAAAUUCAAUGAUGGAAAACCUUCAAUAGUGGUCCGUCUUAAUUUUAAAAAUGUUGAACACUUGAUAAAGAACAGAAUAAAAAAGUCACCAUAUCGGGAUAAAGUAGGAAUUAAGUGUGAGGAAUUGAAGCAAAAAUCACCAUAUCCUAUCAUCAAAUCACCAGAUCAUAAGCAUGAUAAGUUUAUUGACGAAACUGCCAAUACUGAACCCCAGGAAAUGGAUUUAGAUACAGACUCAGAAAUGGCCAAUGUCCAUAUUGAGGAUUAUAGUUCUAAAAAUGUGUCUUCUUAUUCUUCUUCACCUCAUAAUGAUAAGUGUUGGAAACCUAGUGACAAAAUUAGCAUUAAACGCAAAGAAAAUGCACCGGAAAAAGUGUUCACAAAAAGACGAAAAAUCACGCCGAAGACAAAUAAUAAAUCAACAGAAACUGCUCAACAAGAGAAAGACAGCCAUGAAGAUGACCAUAAAUGGGACAGAAAACGGCCCCUGCGGUCGACAGAGAGUAAAGGUCCUCUUAGCAAUAGUAGUAGUUCUAGUCAUACAGAUAAACCAGAGUUUGAAUUGGUGGAAGACCUUAAUGGCCAGGCUAACAGUGAUGCUCACCCGUCCUCUGUAGAAACCAUCUUCAAUCGAGAAGGAGACGGUGAUCAUGAAACUUUCAGUCGUAAACCAGUCAGGAAACCAGAUGAACCUUUGGAAUCAAGUGAUAUUCACCGAUCUCGUGCCAGAGAUCUGAAGCAUCAGGCAGAUGAACUUGCCAAACGACUGAAGCAUCAUCCAGACUUUACUGACAGAAUUGCUAUGUAUUUAUUGUAUACCGAGUCUAUGUCGUCCUUUGUAUUGUGUGGGUAUGCCAUGGAAAAAGAGGAACGCAAGGCCACCGAUGUUUAUAAAAUGUACUCUGACACAUUUAACUUAAUAUCUCAUAUCUGUAAAAUAAGGCCCAGUGCUGAAACUUCAGAAACAGAGAAAAAACUAGCAGUAUUAAUAUAUAGAAUCCAGUCAAUACUAUGUUUUAAGUUGUACAAAAUGAAAAAAAACGAAGCUUUGAAGUUCAAGAAAAUCAUUGAUGAACAUAACAAGACUUCAUCAUCAAAACAACCAGCUCAUGCGCCGUCCCCCCAUUGGAACAACCGAUCGACGCCAUCUCCCAUGUCGCCUUCUCCUUCCCCUGCUGGCAGUGAUGGGUCUAUAAGAUCACAGGAUAGUGGUUAUACGCCUUCCAAACUUCCAAAUGGGAACAUUUCCACCCAACCAACCAUGUCAUCACCAGGAACGGUGGCAGUUCCUCAGCGGAUACAUUCCAUUACUCAACAGUAUCAUAGUAUAGUUAAUUAUGUCGUCCAGUGCCAUGAAUUCUGGGAUCAAGCAGAAUCUGUAUAUAGUGAUCAUAAAGUUGUAGAAUUUUAUGGUGAUAUUGACGAUCAGUGUGGAUCUCUGACUUUACAUUCUUCUGUGCCAGAUCUGGUAUAUUAUGUACAAAUUGGUCUUCAAAAGAUCAGAGAGACGUGACAGUGAUCCUGUAGUUAAGUGUAUGGCAGCUAUUGGCUGACAACCUAUGUGAUAAAACCAUGGCAUUCUCAAGGUCUUCCUUCCUCAACAGUCUUACCAUAAAUGUGUCCUGGAGGGAGAUCAGGUGCCCUGUUGUCAGAUCGGAGAGGACAGUUUUUAUUCAGUUCUAUAAACCCUUUUUAGUUUGUUUAUUUUGUUUUAUAAGAAUUAAAACAUUUGGUCUCAUAUUGUAGAAAGUUGAAUGUUUGUAGUUAAAUUAUGUUUAUUUUCUUAAUGAUAUCUGAAAUGAUCAUUUGUAAAGUAUUUUUGGUACCUUUUUCUUUGACCAUGACUAUCCUUUUAACUUCAGAUUAAAUUUGAGAUAAGGAGUAUUUUAGCCACAUAUUUCAUACAUUCCUCCAAAGUUUUUGUUGUUCAACAUGUUAUGCUUACUACAUUUGAAAGUUUAGUUUUUGAGAUAACACAAUUUUAUGGUUUAAGCCUUAAAGUGCUAAGUUGUUCUUCCAUUGCAAAGUUCAGUUAUAAGAUUCCAGUUUAAUAAAAAUGGCCACUGUUACACUGUCAUGCAGAAUUAUUUGCUAAAUAAUUUUAAGCAAAAUUUAAAUCUUUCUGUUUCCAUGGCAUUUCCAAAAUCUCAGUUUGUUUAUAGAUCUCAGUUGACUUUGAAGUACUUAACAAAGGAGCAUGACAAGAAAAGUGCAUUCCACAGGAAACAUUCAUGUCACUACGGCAAUAAAAGUUGUUGUUACUACAGCAAUAUAACUUGACCAUGGUUAUUACUAGUCAUAAGUGAUUGUUUACAAGAUACAACAAACAGGAUUCUAGUGUCUUUUAUCAAGUUGUGUAAUUUUAUGUAAUUAAUGAAGAACAAUGCCAAAGUUGUUUUGUGUAUAUUAUUAGAGAGUGCUAUCAGGGGGGAUAAUCAAGGCAUGAUGGUUGGUUGUGAGCCAUUGUGAUAGAAUGGGGACAAAGGGUAAUUCUUCUGUAUUGUCCUAUUCUUGUAGAAGUUAAAAUGAAUGUACAAAUAAAGGAAUACUGAAAGUUUUAUAUUUAUAAUGAUGUCAGCUAAACCAGAUAUUAUCAGUUGGGUACUGAAAUUUCCAUAGUCUUAUGUGCAUAUUAAAAUCAGUUAAAAUUUUGACAGCUGUCAUUAUUAAACUAAAUUUUCAACUUCUACAAAAUCAAAAUUAUGAAUGAUUCAAAUACAUUUUUUUUUCCUGAAGUCUUUUAUCACAUGAACUCUAAAAAUCUAGCUUUGUGUUAAUCAUGCACAUUCAAAAACUAUCUUGGUUGUGAAUUUUAAUUGUUUAUAAUAAAAAUGACUUGUUUAAUAUGGAAUGACAAUCUGGUUUCUUAAGCUGCCAUUAAUAUUAAAUGUUUUGUUUGUUAUUUGGUCAGAAUCUAGAGAAUUAUGGGUAUUUUUAUUGUAAGUACACCAAAAUUAGAAUACAGUUACAUCAUUGGUUUGAUUAGGUGUAUGAAUAAUAUAACUCUGAAUCAAUCCAAUUCUCAAUCAAUUAAGAUUAUACGUCAGGUGCAAGAAGAAUUUCCCUUUGUUUUUUUGUAAAAGCCGGUGGUGUUUGCCGAAAUAUGUCAAAAAACUAUAUUUAUUGUUUCAAUAUUUAUAUAUUUAUUAAAAAUUUUGUAUAUAGACUUAGUUUAUGCAUUAUUUAAGAAUUGUGUAUUUUGUUCCACAUUUGUAUGUUAGACCUGUUCAUAUAGUAGUGAUUUUGAAACAUGUGGUUCAUUUUUGCAAAAAUCAGUAAAAUUUAUAAAAAGGGUACUUUAAAAUUUUGUCAAAUGAUAUUCCUAUUAUUAAUCUUGAUAAAUAAGUCAAUUGAUUCCAUGUUAAAAUACCCAAUAAACAAAAUACAAGAUUUAAUCCAUUUGAAAAUUCUAGUCUGUUUUAAUUAGAUGCUGUAAAUUCACAUUUUUUUAAAACAUUCUAUGAUUUAAAAAAAAAGACUUUUUUCAAGUUUUUAAGAACUAAAAUUCAAGAUAUGUUUAAAAAAUUAAAAGUCCAUGAUGACUGGAUAAUGUCUAUAAAAAACAUUUUUUUUCAUUGCAUAAUCUCUUCUUUUUUUUGCACUUAAUUAAUGCUGUCUAGCAA